AGAGGGAGAGAAAUAAAAAGAGUGAAUAUUUUCAUUGCUGAACCCUCUGCUGCUCUUGCCCUCCCUGCCCGUUUCUGUUCGUCUCAUCCCUGAAUACCUUAACCAGUGUUCAGGAAAAUCGUGGCGAUUUAUGUGCGGAGGAGCGAGGGAUUAAUUGGAUUUGCCUAUAUGGUUAUGUUGGAUUCAAGAACAAACGUGUGGAAAUUAGCCUAUACUUUGCUGAUCAUCCACGAAAUAAGGAAUGUGUAUAGCAUGAGACAUUAGAGACCUGUUUGCCAAUAUUGGAUAUGUGAUUAUUGAUCUACCAACUGGAAACUCUAAUUCUUGGGUGAUCCUUUGAGAACAGCAGACCCUGGCAUUCGUGGCUGCCUAUCUCAUCUGCAUGAGAUUCUUUAACAUGGCCAUAGCCAUUGAUCAACAUCAUGGAUUCAAGCCUUUCAGCCGAUCCCAAAUAUGCAGACUCCAAUCCUACACUCACCUUGAUCACAAAAUUCUUGAACAAACUAAUCUACCACACACCUCAAUGCAAGCAUUUGAAGUUGACAACAUUCACAGAAGCUUAUCCACCCCAUGCCUAUCCAUAACCACAGAAGUGGAGGAAGAGUUUGAUAAAAAUCCAAGAAUUGAGAUUGUUGGGGGCCAAGAGGAUCCAAGAGCACGUGCUUUAGUGGUUGAGGUUGCCGUAGCUUUAGCCUCCGGUGUUGAUCCAAUGCCAGUGUCAAGUGGGUUAGGUGGUGCCUACUUCUUGUGUAGCCGAAAUAAUGGUGAUAAUAUUGCUGUGGCAAAGCCAAUAGAUGAAGAACCUUUAGCCUUUAACAAUCCAAAAGGAUUUGGGGGUCGAAUGCUUGGCCAACCAGGAUUGAAACGCUCAGUUAGAAUAGGUGAAACUGGCAUUCGUGAAUUGGCUGCUUAUCUUCUUGAUCAUAAUGGCUUUGCUGGGGUUCCUCCAACAGCUUUAGUGAAAAUUUCCCAUGUUGCAUUUCAUGUCAAUAAUGAAGCCUCAAAUUUAGCUGAACAAUACAAAGUUGCUUCACUCCAACGCUUUGUGGAACAUGAAUAUGAUGCUGGAGAGUUGGGCUCUUCUGGUUUCUCAGUUACAUCAGUGCAUAGGAUUGGGAUUUUUGAUGUUAGACUCAUGAAUCUUGACAGGCAUGCUGGGAAUAUACUUGUUAAGAAACAUAAGAAUGAUACUAAUUAUGCACCUGGGGUAGCUGAGCUUGUGCCAAUUGACCAUGGGCUCUGCCUUCCUGAGUUUCUUGAUGAUCCAUAUUUUGAGUGGCUGCAUUGGCCUCAAGCCUCAGUUCCUUUUUCCAAGUAUGAAAUUGAGUACAUUUCUAAUCUUGAUCCAUUUAAAGACGCUGAACUUUUAAGGACUCAACUGCCAUCUAUGAGGGAGUCUUCUAUCAGGGUACUUGUGUUAUGCACUAUUUUCUUGAAGCAAGCUGCGGCUUCUGGGCUUUGUCUGGCUAAUAUUGGUGCAAUGAUGACUCGGGAAUUUUGUGGUGGGGAAGAAAAAAUGAGCGUCUUAGAGAAUCUCUGUACCCAAGCCAAGUCUAGCUUGCCUAGUAUUUGUUAUCAUGAUCAAGGAAAAGAAUUCGAAAUAUUUCAACUUGAAGAUGAAAAUGAAAAUGGUUUAAUUGAGGUCUUGGACCUUCCCCAACUCUUGAAGAGCCAUCCUGGGGUAGUUGAUCCACUUGAGAUGAUGCCAAGGUUUUCGACCAUAAAUGACAAUUUUGAUGAUAAUGAUGAUAUUGGAGCAUAUAAUGGAAGUGAGGACAACAAUUUCUGUGACAAUCAUAAGGUGGCCGGGCAUUUUAUGAAGAGCAUGAGUUUUUCAGUAUCAAGCUAUAAUUUUGAAAAUGGGGGCAUUUCUUUUGAAGACAUGAGUGAAGAUGAAUGGGAAUUGUUUUUGGAGAUUUUUGAGGAGCUUUUGCCCAAUUUGUUUGAAGGUAAAGAUCAGUGCACUAACUCGAAGCAAAGGUUGGGAACUUCUUGCAAAUUUUGAGGAAUGUUUGGAGGGAAGGAAACAGAGAACAAAUAAUUAUGGUAAUUGAUCUUAAAUCUUGUACCUAGUACGAAGUUUGUGUAUAUUAUUGCCAGAUGGCUGGCCAGUGUAGGUUGUAGAUACAUUCUAUAGGGGCUGGAAUGGAAAAGCGAUUGGUGAAAUGCCAUCCUUCCAUUUCACCUUUGAUAUUUUUAUUUUCUCUUUUCAAAUAUUGUUGUAAAGUAACAAAGAGCCAAAUUUGCACAUCA